CCGCGGCCGGCUGUGUCGGUUGCACCAGCCCCCCGCCAUGGCAGCGGCGGAGGGGAAGGACCCGCUGGGAUUUUUCGCCGCCUACGGGAGCGACAGCAGCUCGAGUGCCGGCUCGGAUUCCGAGGGCGAGGAAAGCUGCGGGCCGGACCGGGAGGGCCAUUCGUCGAAGCCGCCGCCGCAGAGCGGGGUCUCCGAAGGGAAGCCACGCUUGCCCGGGCCCGACGAGCUUUUCCGCAGCGUUAACCGGCCUGCUUUCCUCUAUAACCCACUACACAAGGAGAUUGACUGGGAGAGCCGGGUGCUGCGGGCGCCCGAGGAGCCUCCUAAGGAAUUCAAGGCAUGGACUACAAAUGCUGUGCCACCCCCUGAGACUUACACUGUCAAAGAAACAAAGCUUCCACCCCGACCUGAACUUGACAUGGCAAUCAAAUGGUCUAAUAUGUAUGAAGACAAUGGUGAUGAUGCUCCAAAGCAUGCAAACAAGAUUAACUUUUUACCAGAAGAAGAAGAGCAAGAUCAUAUAGAAUCAGAUGAUGAAAAGGAUGAACCAGCUUCAUUUAAGAAACGCAAGCUAGACCCUGAGGAAGUAACAAAGAAAAAAAAGCAGCGAUGAAUUGGAGAAAGUCUGACUGCUAAAACUUUGUUAUUAGAUAUGUUGGACAGCUGUUGGAUGUUGACUUCACUAUUGGAGCCAAACAAAAAAUAGCAUUGCCAACAAUACAGCACACUUAAGGAUUCUGUAACUUCAGUGAUAUCUUUAUUGUACUGGAAAUUAUGGAAUUGUUCAUAUUGUUGUAGAUGUUAUACCUAUUUACUGGAAAUGUUUCAAUUAGAAACCUUUUAAUUAAAAACUUCUUAGAAUAUUGUGGUAUAUAUUUGUGUUCCUGCAGACUAUGAAGUUUCAAAGUAUUCUGUUCUUCCAUGAAACUGAUAUAUAAGAGAAUUGUUUACAAAGCUGCCAUUGUGAUAGAAGAUUUUUAAAAUUAAAUCAAGAAAUUACAUUUUUAUAGGAGUUUUAAACAAUGUAUUGUGAUGGUGAUACUAUUUUGAAAUGUAUGUAAGUAUGUAAAUAGGUUGCUGAAAUAAACUAUAUGUUUGAAAGGG